UCGAAUCAUGAAAAAAAAGGAAAAGCUCCUCGCUGGUGCUCAGAUCGUGUCUGUUUCUCCUCUCUCAGGAAAAAUCCGUAAAGUUUAAACACUAAAAGAAAAAAAGAAGAGUUAAACUCAUGAAAGAAACCGGGCGAAGGAGCGAGCGUAGGUCGAACUCGUGUCACUGUUUUCUUUUUCGCUGUAUGUGUGGGGUUUUUUAAAGACUUCAGAGUAGUUUGGGUUUUGUAAAGCGACUUUCCAGCUCUCUGGGAUUGUCUCUCAACGCGAAGCUCCCGAGAUGAACUUCGAUCCGGUGGUCGGGAAACUUCAUACCUUGACGAUGCAGGUGAAGGUGGCAGCACUCUUCAUCUGGGUUGUGUGUCGUGCAGCAGAACCUCCAGCAGCUCAGUGGUCCAAUGAAGCAUACGUAAACCGAACACUUCGACUACACAAAUCCUGCGUGGAGAAUGAACAGUACUUGCACCAGGGACUCUGCUGCCUCAAUUGCAAUGCUGGAACAUAUGUGCAUCAGCCCUGUGAAAGAGACCUAGAACUCGGGAUCUGUCUUCCAUGUGAACAUGGACAGACCCACACAGAGCACAACAACGGGAUGUUCCGCUGCUUGCCGUGUACUCACUGCCGCUCAGAUCAGGAGGAAAUUGCUUCCUGCACCACAACUGCAGACACUAAGUGCCAGUGCAAACCGAAUACCUUCUGUGUUCCGGACCAGGCCUGCGAAGUCUGCAAGCGCUGUGUCAAGUGUAAACCUCAUGAGGAGGAGGUAAAAAAGUGCACACCGUUUUCUAACAUAGUGUGCCGAAAACGCCCUCUGUCCCCCACACGAAUCACUCCGUCCCUUUCGCCCACGUUGGAUCCUCCGGCGAGCAUCGUUGUACCUCUGUGCAUUUUCCUGGCCAUCGUUAUCAUCAUCAUUAUCGCACUGGCUCUGUGGUGGUUCAUUUUCAAGCAGCGUUCAUGUGAAAUACCAUGCUUGAAGCUCCACUGCGAGUCCAGUGAAAUUGUCAAGAUUCCCAUUGAUGAGAGUGGAGCCACAGCAGAGGAGCGACAGAAUGAUCAAAACGCGGGUCUGGAAGGCGAGGAGUCCCGUCCAGACUCAAGGCCGCUCCUGCAGGAGACCCAGGCUGGGAUGACCAAGGCCUCCCCGCCCCUCGAAGAUGAAGACCGAGGAUUAGGGGACAGCUUGCCCAACACCACUAGUUCCUCUCAAACUAGCCUGUCAGCCCUUCCCACGGCGGUUUCCAACACCCCACACCAGAGCCCCGCUACCUUCAGACAGCUGCCUGCAGAUCUGGAUGAUCCUCUGCGAUGUCGACUGGUGCCACUACAAGGUUCUGAAAAAUCCCUGAGGAAGAGCUUUGAUUUGUUCGACGAGUACUUGGACGUGCGGAUCCACAACAAGUUCUUUAGAAUGAUUGGAGUCAGUGACAACCACAUUCGGCUUGCGGAGAGCGGCACUUCCAGUGAUAAAGUGUAUGAACUGCUGAAGAACUGGAUGCAGAGGCAGGGACUCCGAGCCGACAUCAACGACCUGCUAAACACUUUGCUGACUAUGGACCAGCGACGUUCAGCCGAGAGCAUCGCCUCCGAAGCCCUCCGAAGGGGCUACUACAAACACGCAGACACGCCCUGAAAAGCAGCGGGGACUUCAAAUGAAGUAAACACAAAGUACUUAAUACAAAAAGACAGCACACAGACACUGCCAGUGGACGUUGUGUCUCAUGAACAGGCUUACCUCUUUUGUGGCUGAUCGGCCACGUAUUCAAAAGCCAGUAGUUUAAAAAAAAAACAAAAAAAAAAACAAGACAAAAAA